AUGUCUUUCCAGAACAAGGGAUUUUGGAUGCCAAAGGGUGCUGGACAUGUUAAUGAUGGAGAUGCAACUUACGGCAACCCUUCAAGAAUUGAGCCAAAGCGGCCUCAUCAAUGGUUUGUAGAUGCUGCUGAACCAGAGCUGUUCCCGAACAAGAAGCAAGCAGUACAUAUUCACAGCAAAUUGGGCUCGGGAAUGUCAAAUGAAAAUGUCUCUUCUUGGGAGAACGCUUCUAGCUUCCAGUCGGUUCCACACCAAUUCAUUGACCGGUUAUUUGGAUCUGAUCCAGCAAGCUCUGUUAACUUUGCUGAGAGGAACGUUUCUCCUGUCGGAUCAGAUAAUUGGAAUAUAAGAAAGGGUAUCGAUGACCAGUUUGGAGAAGAUUCGCCUGUUAGUUUGUCAGUAUCUCAUGCCAUGGAAGAUCCUGAAACAUGUCUUAACUAUGCUGGAAUUAGAAAAGUUAAAGUCAAUCAGGUCAGGGACAGUGACAAUGGUAUGCAUGCUUCACGGGAACAUGGUUCUAAUAGGGGAAGUAACAGUAACCUGUCCACAAGUCAGGCAUUUGAUAGGGUAAAUGAAACUGCUUUUUUAUCAGUGGGGCAGGCCUAUGAUAAGGAGCAUGGCAGUCUCACACUAAUAGGACAUCCCUACAACCACGGGGAUGCCCAUGUCAGACCAAUAGAUACCAACUAUGGCAAGGGAGAUGAAAAUGCAAUAUCAGUGGGUGACAAUUGCAGUAAAGGGAAUGCUAAUAUGAUAUCUUUUGGUGGGUUUCCUGAUGAACAAGAUAUUAUCCCCAUAGGCAGGCCUGUUGGCAACUAUGAUCAAUUGUACCAACCGGAUUCAGUUCAAACAUUGGAAACUUCAUGCGAGAAGGACUUGGAUGCAUCAAAUGCCAGUGCGGUUGAUAAUACUGCUUCUGCAGCUAAACCAAGACCGGAAUCAGUUUCUAAGAAUAAACCUGAGAUCAAACCGUCAAGGAAACCAGCUCCAAACAGCUUCCCUUCAAAUGUUAGAAGCUUGAUUUCAACUGGCAUGCUUGACGGGGUUCCUGUAAAAUAUGUUUCCUUGGCACGUGAGGAGCUUCGCGGAAUUAUAAAAGGUGUUGGCUAUCUAUGUGGGUGUCAAUCAUGUAAUUAUGCUAAGGUUCUAAAUGCAUAUGAGUUUGAGCGCCAUGCUGGUUGCAAAACAAAACAUCCAAACAAUCACAUAUACUUUGAGAACGGGAAGACCAUCUAUCAGAUAGUGCAAGAAUUAAGGAGCACCCCUGAGAGCUUGUUAUUUGAUACACUUCAAACUGUAUUUGGUGCUCCGAUCAAUCAGAAAUCUUUUCACAGCUGGAAAGAAUCAUUUCAAGCAGCAACUCGUGAACUUCAGCGUAUUUAUGGAAAGGAGGAACUGAACUUGUAG